AUGGCUACUCACACUAUCUUCAUCUGCGGCGCCACCGGCCUCCAAGGCGGCGCCCUCGCCCGCCAACUGCGCGCCCUCAACUGGACCGUCCACACUACCGCCCGCGACCCUUCCUCCCCAGCCGCCACGGCUCUGACCUCCCUGGGCGUCCACGUCCACGCCGGCUCCUGGAACGACACCGCCGUGCUCACCACCGCCCUCACCGGCUGCGACCUUCUCUUCCUCAACCUCGUCCCGGACAUCACCAACCCGGAUGCGGAACGUCAAGACGGCGAAACCAUCCUGGCUGCCGCCACCGCCGCAGGCGUCCAACACGUCGUCUACAGCAGCGGCAUCGACAUGCCGGUGCUGAAACGCGACCCGUCGCACUUCUUAUCUGUCGUUUUCCGCUCCAAGCUCGAGCUAGAGCGCGGUCUGCAGGCGGGGGACAGCGUGCCCUUCAUCUUCCCGCGCUGGACGAUCCUCCGCCCGGGAUUCUUCAUGAGCAACUUCCUCGCGCCGCGGGUCAAUAUGCUGUACCCGGGCUCUACACAAAGCGGGGCGUUUACCGUGGGGUUUCGGCCGACGAGUGGAUUGCCGAUGAUUGACCACGAGGAUAUCGCGCGGUUUGCGGUGGCUGCGUUCCAGGAUCCGGAUAGGUUUCAGGGACGGGUUGUUGAUGUAAUCAGCCAGACGGUGACGUUUGAGCGGGCGAUGAAGAUCAUUGGCGGUGCGGCCGGGCGGGAAAUCAAGGUGGAGUAUUUGACGGAUGAGCAGAUCAAGGAGGGGAUUCCGACGAACCCUUUGUUGGCGAUGCAGGAAGAGCUGCGGGAUGUGCGGCCGCUGGGGGAUAAAGAUGCGAAGGAGGUUGCGAAGGGCUGGGGUGUGGAGGUGGGCACGUUUGAGCAGUUUGCUGAGAGGGAGAAGGCGGCGUUUGAGGAGACUUACCAGGCUGCUUAG